UCGAUUAUAAUCAUACAAUUCUAACCAUUAACUUCCUCAUGAAUAAUCACCGAAAACUCAUUGUUUUUCAUUAUAAUCGAUUCGAAAUCAAAUUUUUUGCGAUUAUCAAGCGAAAGAUUUUAUAUGGAAAAUACUUCCUGCAGGUAAUUUACAUCACAAUUAACUAUUGCGAUUAUUUGUAGACUCAACAACAGUUGUACCAGCAACAUCAACAAAACCAGUUGAAUGUAAAACACCAUCUUAUGCUGCAGUGUUUGUCUUGAUUUUUCAAGGUUAUUACUUUGCUUUAUUUAAUGGUGCAAUUGUUCCUCUUUGUCUUUCGAUUUUUGGUUUCUUAAUCUAUCGAAAUGUACGAUUAAGUCGUCAACGAACUGCUCCUUUAUCAAAUAUAAAUAAUAAUCCAAAUUUAAAUCGACAAAAUUUACAUUUAAUAAUUAUGGUCUUAGUCCAAUCAUGUCUGACAGUGAUUUUAAAUAUUCCUUAUAUGACAGUUUAUUUACGAGGAUUACGUUAUAGUGUACCAACCGAUCAAUAUCAUCUUCUUCUUUAUUUGAUAUUUGUGUAUCUCGCUCGAUGGUUUUGGUUUUCUAAUCACGCUAAAACAUUUUAUCUUAAUAGUUUAUCAAGUCAAGCUUUUCGAGAUGCUCUUAAACAACAGUUAUUUCAUGUUAUUCGUCAAUCAAGAGUUUCAAUUGUAGCACGAAUAACAAAUCAAUCUUGA